AUGUCAGACGAUCCUGGGAAAACUAAGCGUCUCAAUGCGUUCAUCCUCUUCCGAACGGAGAAAAGCAAGCAGUAUCCAGGGGUGCGCCAAGCGCGGUUGAGCAAGCUCAUCGGUGACCGGUGGAACAGACUCCCAGAAGCGGCGAAGAACCGCUGGAGGAAUUAUGCUCGCAAUGGAGGAGAGCCACCUAAUGACGACGAUGACUCCGGAGAUGCUGAACGCGAAAAUAAACGCCCCAACGACGCCACUGCUACUACUUCUGUGGUCGACGACUCCUCUGGAAAGUGUGCUCCCGGGACUUCAGUCCCACAGCCAGAGGAGCUCCAGAAGCCCAGUGCCCUUGCUGACAAGGGAAAGAAGCCACUAAGACCUGUAAAUGCCUGUCAGGAGCAGGGCAGGAGCACAGAGAAGACGACGAAGCAGGGAGCGAGGACCGCUUCCAAAGAGCAAACAAUUGACGCUGCUGGACCAAGCCCUACGGAGGCUCCCUCUGCUACUGAGGUAUCUAUCGCCAGUGGCACCAGCUCCGAAGUGCCACCCGUCCAUGAUGAACCCAACUACAGCGCAUUCCUUGCCGAAAUGCCACCGGCUGUUCCAAGCGUUGACAAGUCCCUCGACCUCGACGAAAACACGGUCGAUGAGCUUCAGGAGAAGGCCGCCAAGGGUACUAUUUAUAUCCCGCCUAUUCCUGGCGUCGCCACUCUGACCCAUCCUGGACCCUACCAAAUCAUUCCGAUCCACGAGAUCGACAAUCAUCCUUACAAGGUCGUUGGUUUGACGACUCGGGCUCUCUGA